CAUACGACCAUUUAAGCCGGGCCUCCCGUGAGCAAAGCUGCCGAGCAUCAUCUCGUCCUCCUCCACCCGCGUCAACGCCGCAGUCAAAACUCCACAUUCCCACUCCCACCAUGCCGCCCGCCCGGCUGGCCGCGCCGGCCGCCGUCCUCCUCGUCCUCCUGCACCUCGCCGCGACGGCCACGGCGACCAACUUCACCUGCAGCGCGCCGCGGGGCACCACCUGCGACUCCGCCAUCGGCUACCGCGUGCCCAACGCCACCACCUACGGGGACCUCCUCGCCCGCUUCAACACCACCACCCUCGCCGGCCUCCUCGGCGCCAACGGCCGCCCGCUCGCCACCUCCCCCAAGACGCGCGUCGCCGCCCAGGCCACCGUCCGCAUCCCCUUCCGCUGCCUCUGCGCCGGCAACGGCGUCGGCCAGUCGGACCACAAGCCCGUCUACACCGUGCAGCCGCAGGACGGGCUGGACGCCAUCGCCCGCAACUCCUUCGACGCCCUCGUCACCUACCAGGAGAUCGCCACCGCCAACAAGAUCGCCGACGUCAACCUCAUUACUAUCGGCCAGAAGCUCUGGAUCCCGCUGCCCUGCAGCUGCGACCCCGUGGACGGCGCCGCCGUCUUCCACCUCGCCCACAUCGUCGGCGGCGGGGAGAGCACCUCCGGCAUCGCCGCCACCUUCGGCGUCACCGAGGACACGCUGCUCAAGCUCAACAAGAUCGCCGACCCCAAGACACUGCAGAAGGACCAGGUUCUUGAUGUCCCGCUCCCUGUUUGCAGCUCAUCAAUCAGCAACAGCUCGGCCGAUCAUGAUCUGCGCAUCCCGAACGGCACCUACGCGCUCACCGCGCAGGACUGCAUCCAGUGCCGCUGCAGUUCAAACACCUUCCAGCUAAACUGCACCGCCCUGCAAGGCAAGAAGGGGUGCCCGGCAGUGCCGGUGUGCAGCGGAGGGCUCAAGCUUGGGGACACAAGCGGCACCGGUUGCGAAUCCAAGAUGUGCGCUUACAGUGGUUAUUCCAACAGCUCUUCACUCAGCAUACAGACCACUCCUUUCAAAAACCAGACAGCACCAGCAUGCGAGAAAGGAGGAUCUUCGAGGUCGGUGUUCGCGGGGUCCAUGUGGAGGAUAUCUGCCAUCUCCUUCCACAUGGUGUUGAUAUUGGUAUGCUUCCUUUGAUACCGAAGAUGCCAACUCUAGCUGGUAUAUAUAUCUUGAAAAAAGGACUCACGAUAGUACAUCAAUUUGUUAUGUGAUUGUUGUUGUAACUUGAAAUUCCGAUGACCGGUUUGUUGAGCUUUUUGUUUUUGACUAUUCUUCUAGAGAAUGAGUGGCGCUAGCUGCCUGAAUAAAGCAAUCAUAUGUGUAAGGUUUGCAUCUGGAAGUGAAUUGUACUCAUUAGAUUGGGUAAUUGCAAUAAAACGUUACAAGAGUAAA